AUGCCCCCCAGCACUGACGUAGACGCCUUCCACGAGGUCCUCCGCUCCAGCAAGCGCAUCCUCGCCCUCUGCGGCGCCGGACUCUCAGCUUCGUCUGGUCUUCCCACCUUUCGCGGUGCCGGCGGUCUCUGGCGAAAUUACGAUGCCACGACGCUUGCCACGCCGACCGCCUUUGGUCAAGAUCCUGGUCUUGUCUGGAUGUUUUACGGAUAUCGGCGUCACAUGGCUUUGAAUGUUAAGCCGAAUCCUGCUCACUACGCCUUGGCUGCGCUGGCAGAGAAGAACAAGGACUUUUUGUGCCUGACGCAGAAUGUUGAUAACCUCUCUCCAAGGGCAAACCACCCUCAGGAGCAGCUUCGCACACUUCACGGUUCCCUCUUCGACAUCAAGUGCUCCAAUGGUCGGUGUGAUUGGAUCCAGCACGGCAACUACGACGAUCCCUUCUUCCCAGCCCUCGCCCCGGCCUCAGAGGAUCCAGAGGACGGAAAGCCUUUUCCCCUCCUGGACCCUUUCCAUCCUCUGGAGCCAAUACCAAAGGAUCAGAUCCCCAAGUGUCCCAAGUGUGGGAAGGGAUUCCAGAGGCCUGGUGUGGUGUGGUUUAAUGAGGGUCUGGAUAUGGACUUGCUGGAGGGCAUUGACAACUGGCUAGACCAGGGCAAAGUUGACCUGAUGCUCGUCAUCGGUACCUCAGCCAAGGUAUGGCCAGCAGCAGGCUACAUCGACCAGGCUCGAGACAAAGGCGCACGAGUGGCCGUCAUCAACAUGGAGGCCGCAAAAGACAGAGGCAAAGAUUCCAACUCCAAAGACUUUUUCUUUGGCCAGGACGCGGCCGAGUGCUUGCCCCUGCUGCUUGAACCUAUAAUCGGGAAGCUCGAGAUGGAAAUAGCAGUAAUGGCGGAUAUCCAUUUAAGUGUAGCCGUAGUUUCGCCAUUGUCAGCUCCAGGCCCACACCGAGGGCUGUCGGCAUAUCAAGCCAAACCUUCCAUCUGGACUCUUCCAUCUACACACGCCAACCAACCACCAACCGUCAUCAUGCAGGGCUUCAACAUGGGCCGUUACGUCCCUCCAGACGUCGAGGGAACAACCAGCGGAAACCGUCUCCACGGGAAGCGCCCGCCCAGCUACCGCGCCGGCGGACAAACCGUGCGCUUCGAGAUGCCCUUCCCGAUCUGGUGCACAUCCUGCCCCAAGCCCACAAUCAUCGGCCAGGGCGUCCGCUUCAACGCUGCAAAGUCCAGAGCUGGCAGCUACUUUUCAACACCGAUAUGGAGCUUUCGUUUUCGUCAUGCAGACUGCGGCGGUGAGAUUGAAAUCAGGACAGAUCCUAAGAACACGGCUUAUGUUGUUGUUGAGGGCGGGAAGAAGAGGGAUACGGGUGAGGAUGCCCCGCGUGAGGGGGAUGCUGUCAUCUUGACAGAUCAGGAGAGAGAAGCUCUAAGAAAAAAUGCCUUUGCCAGUUUGGAAAGAACUAUCGAGGAUAGGGAACAGUUGAAGCUGGCUACGGAACGGAUCGACGAUCUCGCUGAGGCAUCAUCAAAGCACUGGAAAGACCCAUACACGCAGAACCAAAAGCUAAGAAAAGCUUUUCGUCAAGAACGCAAGGAGCGUGAGCGCACUGCGGCAGCAACGGAAAACUUGCAGGACCGGAUGAGCCUUGGGAUUGACAUUGUACCUGCUACAGAGGAGGACGCUCGGCGCGCAGCCCUGGUUGAUUUUGGGCCAGCGGACGAGAAUGGACGAGACCGUGUCCUCUCCAAGCCCCUAUUUAAGAGUGAUGAAAAGCCAGCAAAGAGCAGUGGCAAGCUCAAGACAGAAAAGGAGGCGUCGAAGCGCAAAGAGACGCUGGUAUCGGAGCUUAUAGGGAACACCAGAGCAUCUACAGACCCCUUCCUACUCAACAAUCGAAGUGAGCCAAAAGGAACUUCAAGACUCCCAGGACUCAAAAGGAAAAGACCUCAAGAGCCAGAAGCGCCAUCCAAAGCACAGGCACAAGAAGCGAUAACAGGACUGGUGGAUUAUGAUUCAGAUUAA